CUUCUCAUAGUCAUCAUGAAGGAAAAAGAAAAGGGGAAAGAAAAACGUGAGAAUCCCAUGAAGGAGGUUCGAAUUCGAAAACUUUGUCUUAAUAUUUGUGUUGGAGAAUCUGGUGACAGACUUACUCGAGCAGCCAAGGUGUUGGAACAGUUGACUGGUCAACAACCUGUUUUUUCGAAAGCUCGUUAUACAGUGAGAUCCUUUGGUAUUCGUAGGAAUGAAAAAAUUGCUGUGCACUGUACUGUCCGUGGGCCUAAAGCUGAGGAGAUCUUAGAGAAGGGCCUCAAGGUACGAGAGUAUGAACUGCGAAAGGAUAACUUCUCAGACACUGGAAACUUUGGGUUUGGCAUACAAGAACAUAUUGACUUGGGAAUUAAGUAUGACCCAAGUAUUGGUAUUUAUGGCUUAGACUUCUAUGUGGUCCUUGGACGUCCUGGGUUUGACAUUGCCCAUCGAAGGAGGAGGAAGAGUACCAUCGGUGCAAAACAUAGAGUUGUAAAGGAAGAAGCUAUGAAGUGGUUUCAACAGAAGUAUGAUGGCAUUAUCCUCCCAAGCAAGAGUGGAAAGUAAACUGAAUUUCAUACUUGUGUAUCAUUAAGCUCGAAAUAAAUAAUUUUUGGGGCAAA